AUGUUUUGGGCCAAUUUGGCGGGAAUCAUGGAGUCCAUCGAUGCCGGAACUACGACCGCCCUGGAUCAUGCUCAUAUGAACUGGUCCAAAGAUUUCAGUCAGCGAAAAACUAUGUUGACAAUGGCCAAGAAACUAAAAAUGGAUUUCGAAGGUCGAUAUGCCAUCGCAGGCAUCAUCUCAUCCGCCAUCCGCUCAUCUCCGGAUAUACCCUCGUGUCUAUCAUCAAGAACACACAUCCCAAGAUUGAAUACGGGUCCGAACCACUACCAGCCUGAGUAA